AAUACUUGUGGGAGAAUGCAGCCCACCACAACACCAACAAGAGCUAGCUCCAUUGUCACCUUACGAUAUAACAAGUUUACAGAGAUGAAAUUUUCUCUCCUUUUCUUCUCCUUUAUCCUCUUCCUGUCUCUCUUCAUUUUGCCUCAAAUAGUUCUAUCCAGACCAGUUAAGCAAACUUUCAAGUCCUUCAAGCAUCUGGAGGGAUGCCACAAGGGGCAGACAGUGAAAGGGCUAUAUGAGCUCAAACAAUAUCUAGAGAAAUUUGGUUACUUGAGUUAUACUCAUCAAUCAAACAAAAGCCUUGCUGCCCAUGCCAAUGGCGACGAGUUCGAUGACCUAUUGGAGGCCGCAGUAAAGACCUACCAACUAAAUUACAAUCUGAAUAUCACAGGGGCCAUAGAUUCACAGACGGUGAAGCAAAUGAUGGUGCCAAGAUGUGGUGUUGCAGAUAUCAUCAAUGGAACGAGUUGGAUGCGAUCGGGGAAGAGAGGACACUAUAAUGGCUCCAAUACUCUCCACUCAAUCCCCCCUUACUCAUUUUUCCCAGACAUGCCUAAAUGGCCAGCUUACAUGCGUGAUCUCACAUACUCUUUCCAUUCCAGCGCCCAAAUAAGUGCAGCAAAGGACUUGCAGUCUGUGUGCUCAAAAGCUUUCUCAAGAUGGGCGAAGGUAAGCCAGUUCACAUUUGAAGAAGUAGAAGAAGGUACACCAAAUACUGAUAUAGUUAUCGGAUUCCACCGCAGAGAUCAUGGAGAUGGUGCCCCAUUUGAUGGAAAAUGGAGGAUUCUAGCGCAUGCUUUUGCACCAACUGAUGGAAAGUUUCAUUACGAUGCUGAUGAGAAUUGGAGUACUAAUCCAAGCCAUAAUACGGUAGACUUAGAAUCAGUUGCUGUACAUGAAAUUGGACACCUUUUAGGUCUUGGCCACACCUCAGUUAAAGAUGCCAUCAUGUACCCUUCCCAUUCAGCUGGGGUUGUAAAGAGAGAUCUCCAUAGUGAUGACAUUGCAGGAAUACAGUACUUAUACAGUUCCUCCGAAUGAAAAAUACGUACAAAACUGGAAUAAGACCUGAGAAGGCUUAAUAAAGGAAAGAUCACAUCUUUUUCCUCCUA